AUGAGCAGUGAGCUCUUUCGUUGCAUCGGAAAGGGGAACUGUGGCAGUAUCUGGGCCUCUGAUGGGGACAGUAACAGCUUUCAUGUGAUCAAGAGAGAAGACAUGAACCCGGGCCGUUCGGUGCGCAACGACUACGAAAUGCACCGAAGAAUCAUCGACGCCUUCUCCAAUACUCCAACAGCCAUGCCACACCUAGUACCCGAAUGCCACACACUUAUCGAGCAGUCGGAUUCCAAGUGGUGGGAGGAUAUGUCGCAUCGCUUUCCAAAUCACCUCGAUCAUUGCACGUCGCUUAUUUCCGAGCGCAUCCCCAGACUUCCUCGGUCAGGUCGGGACUAUCUUGUCGACAUGUUCUGCCCACUAAGCCGAAAGGAGUUCACCAAGUCGAACCGCGCGGAUGAUGACUGCCUCGUUCGAGCAUAUCUUGGACGAAGGCGACAUCGCACAGGGCCCACAAAGUCAGCACUUCAACUUUUCAGCCUCCGGAACUAUCCUCUUCACAUCGACCAAAUGGAACAACUGCAGCUGGACACCCUAGCGUACGCUACCACCAUGGCCGAUGCUCUUGCCGUUAUGCACUGGGCUGCGAAAGUGGACGCAUCGGACGUCGAGUUUGUGCUGGCACCUCCACGCGAGCCCGGGCAGCCAACGUCGUUCAAGUCUUCGGGUUUGGGAGAGCACAUUAUAUGGAUACUCGAUUUUGACUGCUGCAAGCCGAUCACUAUGAACAUGGCUGGGGUGGAGCAAGCGUGUCAUGCCUUCUUUCUCAACGAUCCGUACUACCCUCGACCACAUGGUACGGUGCUAGAGGACCAAGGCUUAUGGAAAGAGUUUCGCGACCGAUUCCUGGCGACUAGUUACCGUAUACUAGGUGAAAACAGCCCAUACGAAAUUUUGCCAACACUCUUGAUGGACAAGAUCGAGGAAAGCGCCAUGGAUCGACUCAGAAGAAAGAGAGAAAUCAUGGAAAGGGAGAAGAUACAUCAAACAUAGUUAGUCCGUGCAGGAACUCAGAGGCGCAAUUCCUACUAUUAGUUAUUUGUAAGCCAAAAGUAGCUUUCACGUAGGCAGAAUAGCCAAUUACUACUGCAACAAGAUAUCGCAUCUGGGUGUGUAUCGCUAAGGUCACCAGACUCAAAACACCACCUUGGCGGCAGGAAAGAGAUACUCGGAGUUACUUCCGCUGCUGCAGGCGCAUUUGUCGCUUUCCUAGCCUGAUAUCCUAUUCUGAGAUGAUACAAAAGCAUGAUCUUCCCCAGGCUAUGGUAGUAUUCUUCAGAGGAACUAAACCCCCGAGAAGGAUUGUUGUC